AUACAUUACACCUGUAUAAAUCCACGCAGAUGUAUACGUAUAAAUUGUAUAUUUCUUGUCCAAGAAGCAUUAGACAGAGGAACAACAGACGAGUUUUAACGGAUAAAUAUAUUUAAAAAGGCAGUAAGAUGAUGGCAAUGCAAACUGAAAUCUAUCUAGUGACUUUUGCUUGUGUAGUAUCAUUUAUUGAAACGCAUGUUGCUGAAAUUGCAAUAAAAGUUUCCAAACACCAGCUUACAAAUCUGAAAUACGAAAAGUUCCCCAAUGCAGAACGAUUGGACAACCCGUGGAAGUCGUUCAAAGUCGUAACAAAUGCUCGAUGUGCAGCAACCUGCAGUGCAAGUCCUGACAUAUGUAAGUCGUACAACUUAAGAAAACUUAGUGGAGAUAGGACUUACCGAGCUGUAUGUGAGCUUAAUGGCCCAAGUGCAACUCCACCAACCGAUGCGUAUGACAAUGGGGAUCACUAUGACAGAGAUGAAUGCCAUGUAAACAACGGAGGUUGUAGUGAUAUAUGUACCAACACGUUUGGCUCAUUCGUCUGUAGUUGCCCGCCAAAUGGGUAUGUUAAGGCUGAUGGUUUAACUUGCACGUUUCCGUGUCCCGAAUUCUUCACUUACAACGGAGAGAUGAGUUCAUGCUACAUGUUUGUUACAAUCAAGAAAGCAUGGUCCGAAGCGUUGUCGCAUUGUGCCACAAUUAAUGCGAACCUAGUUGCUAUAGAAUCGGAGAAAGAGGAUGAUUUCAUUCGCGCUGAAAUCAGACGAAAAGGAAUGAGAUGGCCUGGAUUUAAUGAUGAUUCUUUCUACACUGGUGGGAUGAAAGUCCCACCAGACCAAAGUGAAACUAUCCUAUUACGUUGUGGCAACUUUGUCGACUUGUUGCUUGUUGUUCUUUUUGGUGAUACCCAACGAUAA